CCUGCACUGUAGUGGCCAACAACAUGGAAUCAAGUGGCAGAUCUAGACAGGUGUGGCUGAUGGUGAUGCUGUUGUCGAGGGCUGCCUGUACGCCUAAUCUAGCUCUCUACAAACCUGGGAAGAUAAGUUCAACAUGGGGUAACGAUACUGGCGUAAGUUUGGCACUUGAUGGACUGUUGGGAACUAACUAUCAACGAUUAAGGCAAUGCGCUAUAACCAAGAAUAUGGAUCUUACCAAGUGGCUUCAAGUCGACCUGGAGAUGACCUUCUCUGUAGAUACCGUCAGGAUCCUCAACAGAGGCGAUAAACACACCAAUAAACUAGCUAACUUUACUGUAUACGUUUACGAAGAAGAUCCCACUGAAUUUCCAUCUGCUAACAGGAAGUUGUGUAAGCAUUAUUCAGGAACUGUGGGUGCUGCUCAGUGGGCGGAGUUGUCGUGUGAGAGUCACGUGAUUGGAAGAUACGUCAGAGUCAGCAAAUACAACAGAAGCCUAAGCCAUCUACUACAGAUCUGUGAACUGGAGGUGUACGGCAAGAGAGCCACAGCUGUUCAAUUCAGACGUUCACCCAACUCGAGGAUAUCGAACCAAGUCUUAUCAGAACACUCAGUAGCCACAUCGCAAACAUGUAUGUAUUUGUGUUAUGAGGAAUCACUCUGCUAUGGUGCCAACUUCAAACAGUCGACUGGUAACAGCACCCCCAAUUGUCAACUGGUUUCUAACAGUCUGACCAAUCAGAUUGAAGAAGAUGGAGCUGGUUGGGAUGCGUAUGUGGUCGACUCGACAGGAUCGCGAGAUGACCUGAAAUGUUUGGGGUAGAUCUACACACGGUCAGCCGAUCGCUGUCACUCGCCAGACAUUGUUUUAGUUUUUGCACCGAACGGUAGAUAGACGUGGUGUGAUAGAAGACGAUGGUACCAGUAAAACUGUUCACGGGCGGGCAGGAUGUGGCAGCUUUGAUGACUUAAAUCAAGUUAAUGUUCGUUUAUUAUAUUUGAUAUUAUUUAGAAAUGUUUGAGACAUUUUUAAACAUAAUAUUGAAAGCUAGAUCAAAUUUUACAUCAAGAUUCUUUAUAGUUUGCAUGCAAAUAAUAAUACUGAUGAAGAGUAAAACUUAAGCAAACGAACUUUAAUUUCAGAAUAUCACUAAUAUGUCAAAUAUUUUUAGAAAGUGUUAAGGGGGAUAACUGGGUUGUAUAAAUGAAUAUUAUAAAGAUUGCCAGAGUUAUCUCUAUCUUAAAAGUAAAAUUGAGGAACAGCUGGGUCUCACUACAUAAUUCACUUCGACUUUAGUUCCUAAUCCAAAUCGUGACAUAUGUUGUGGUUCACAUAGUCGCUUCUAAAGCUAGUAUAUUGGGGAAAAUCAAAAAAACUUCUUUUUUUUUUUUUUUUUUUAUAAACUGGCAACCAUUCUUGUACUGGUGGUCACUCAGUUGAAGAUACUGACCUUUGUUUAUUAGUUGUUGUUGUUGUUGUUAUUUAACGGAGUUUUUUCUCCUAUAUGCAGUGUAGUUCGUAAUAUCAGUUUACCCAAUCAUUAUUAACAUAGCUGUCAAAACAUGUGCCAUACUUUAUUAUUACUUCGAUAGAAAUAAAAAUUUCUGACCAGUUUUGCCAGUCAACAUUGCCAAACUUCCUUUUGGCAAACGUUUCGAAAUCAAUUUUAAAAUUCAUCAUAUAUAAACUGUUUUCUCUUAUUUUCUUUCUUUCUUUCUGUUGAUCAUUCUUGUUAGCCAGAGUUGAAAUAGUUUUACUACUAUCGCUUUCGUCAUCUUGAUUUACAAAACGCGUAUCUGUUAAUGUUGGUAGAGGCCUUGAUAUAGGCAUUUAGCUAUUGCUAGUCCUAAACCGCUGUAUUCGAUUCUGGAAAUAAAUAUUGUUUAAAAAGCAAGACAGAAUGUAUGACUAUAUAUAUAUUCCCCUGACAGUAUCUUAAAACUGGAUCUUAUACAGACGUCCUAUGCAUACAAUAUGGGCCGAAUUUACGACGACCGUUUUUCGUAAACACAGGUAUUUAAAUAAUAUAAACAGGCUUUGUAAAAUAGGCCCUAUUAUAUGUAAAGUGGAUUAAAUACAGAGGCUAGAUGUAACCCGU